AUGGCUUGUGUGCUGGACUUUGUGCUGCGACUGGAAAUGAUCUACCUUCAGACCUGCGUCGUUCAGGAGUCCAAAACUAUUUUGUUAAUAUGUGACGUUAUUCACAAGUAUUUUGGGAAGUGGUAUGGCCAGGCUGCAUCAACAUGUUCGCCUCCCGGUGACCGGCAUGUAUGGUUGAUUUCGUCGAUGCGCGUUCCGCUCUGUAAUAUACAUCUUUCUCUAGCAGUUGUUGUUGGGCAAGAUGCGGGGAAGCCGGAAUCUGCAAGACUCCUUCCUAAGGUUUUGGGCACCGCAGGAACGACUGCAUUGAAGGCUUUGGUCGUAGCAUCGAACUUCCUGCCCAAGGCAACGCCGCGAAGAAUGAAUAUCUUCUCGAUCGAGGUCGUCGCUAUUGUCCUCGACCUCGGUGAUCAGACAUUCACCUCUACGGCUAAGUACCCCGAACUUCGGAUAUCGAUGUCUCCAGAUUCGGCGUAG